AUUUAAUCAAAAUGCAAUUUAUUCCACCUGAAAUCUUUGCUAAAUUCUGUACGUUUUUAUCACCAAAUGAUUUAUUUAAUCUUUCUCAAGUUUGUCGCAAAUUUCGUGGAUAUUUAUAUGCACCAAAUUCUUUUUCCACUCAACAAAUAUGGAAAAUAUCUCGUUUACAAUUUAUGCCAAAAGAAGACAUGCCUCCACCUGAAGGAAUGAGUGAAGAAAAAUAUGUUAGAUUAUUGAUUACUGAACGAGGUUGUCAAAUUUGUAAAAAAACUAAAGAAUGUAAAAUUUAUUGGGAAUUUGAAGUUAGAUGUUGUGAAAAAUGUUUUUUGAAAAAAACAUCAAGUUUGUUUAGAUUGGUUUCUGAAAUUAAGUAUUCAUACAAAUUUCUUAGUAUUAUGCCAUGCGUCCGUGUUCAUAAAUUACAUUAUUGGAAAGAACAAAUAGAUUUUGUAUAUUCUCAAUAUUGCGGUUUAUCAAGAGAAAAUUUACAGACUUGGUUAGAGUAUAGAAAACAUAUGUUAGAUUCUUUGAUGAAAUAUGUUGAACAACGUGAAUCCAAAGAAGCAAAUUUUAGACAUGAAUUUGAAGUGGAUCAUUCUAAUAUAUUAAAUUUUUUUAGUAGCCUUUCUCAACCUCUACCUUCUGAUCCGCCUUCUCAACCUCUACCUUCUGAUCCGCCUUCUCAUCCACUACCUUCUGAUCCGCCUUCUCAUCCACCGCCUAGGAAAAUAGCCCGGCGUCUUAAAAAUAAUAAUGAAGAAAUUGAUAAUAACAAAGUUGAUAUUCUCUUUAAAGCUAUCGAUGUACCUUUACCUUUAUAUGUUCAAUCUGUUAAAGAUAUAUAUGCUCAAUAUAUACUUUUAUCUUCCAAAUCUAGAGAAAGUAACCCUUAUUAUGUUAGUUAUUUAUCUUUUGAUUCUUUUCUAUAUAGUGAUUAUAUACCUAUUAUAACUUUUCAAUCAAUUCGAGGUGAGAACGAGAACAAGGAAGAGAAAAAGAGUGAUAGAAAUAGAAAGAGAAAGAUAAGAGAUGAUUUUAUUAAAAGCGAAAAGAAAAAGAGCAAAGGAAAAUUUUAUAAAUUUAAUGUGAGAGAAAAAAAUUUUAAAAAUAAACUCUCUUAUAAAUAUGGUUAAUAACAUAGCAAC